UCUUCCGUAACGUUGAAAAAUUCAUAUUCAACAGGAAAACGCAUUCGAUCUUUCUUCAGUAUGUCACAGAGCACGGUGCAGUUUCAACCAUUGAAAUAAAUGUAGCUGGAUUUUUUGUGAAUUUAUUUUUAACGAAAUGACACAUAUUUGGGCCAUGGGUCUUUACAUGCUCUACAUCUUCCUGGUGCCGAUAUACGCUGAAAAUUAUCCGCAAAUCGAGGAUAUUCCGAUCGAGACGUACGAACCGUUACAACAUGGAGACAACGACAUGGACUUGGAGCUGUUGCCUAGGCUGUCCAGGUCCUUGGACUUGGAGGACCCGAAGAUGCAAUUCUUUAGAUACAUGAAGGCGUUGAAUGGGGAGGUUGAGAGUGACAGUUUAGUCAAUGAUAGGUUCAGGAACAUACCAAAGCCUGGUGGCUUUCGACGAGCAGAAGAGAGUAACAAGGGGAGACCGCGGAGGGAUGUGGACAGUAGUAGCACCACCACCACCACCUCCACAAGUACUGUGAGCCCUUCGGUUCUGUCGGAGGUGAUACAGAAACACCUGGGCAAACCUUUGGAGUUGGGUGUUUUGGAAGAUGUGCCCACCACUGAGAAAGUCGAAAGUACUAGCGCAGGGUUAGUAGACGACCAAGAAACUAGCAGCAAUUUACUAAUAAAUGAUUUCAUUAGAUUCAAACGGGAAGCUCUUAGUAAAUCUGAAGAUAAAAGAGUUGAUAUGAGCAACACCGAAAACGUGAUGGAAAGUAGCAGACUUAAAAGGGAGCACAAGUCCGACGAACCUCUGGAGAAGCUCACCUUAGACCCAAAGCGGUUUGACUCACGGGAAGCUCGCACCAAAGAAUCAUGGAUGAAGCAGCCAUAUCCGGUAAGAAGGAGUGACUCCAUACAUUACGACGACAACAUUCCAGCAUCUUCGGAGAGUGUACGAGCACCAAGGGUACAUUUCGUCACCCAAAGAAGGCUGGAGUCUGGCAUGCCACGAAGCUACGAACGAGAAGCACGGGCAAAAAACUUUGACAGAAAUGAUUACUUUAGAGAUACGUCCCGGGAAAUGGAUUAUUAUCAACCCAGAUACUCCAGACACUACGAUCCAAUGCCCAAUCAUUACAGAUAUGAUCCCUAUUAUCAAAUGGACGUUCCAAAGGACCGAUACGACUCCCGCUACGACAACUACUACGACAGGGAACGUUCGUUCAACCCGAAACGCAAAAGGAUAAUAUAUUACGCCACACUGCCAGAUAUAACAAGGACACCCCCGAAUGUAGAUCUGAGGGAUAGAUACAAUUACGGUGAUCGCUACGAUGACAGAUAUUACCCUUACCCAGACCGAUAUCAUCCGAAAGUUUUGCCUAAGUCACGUUACGAUACCGAUAGAAACAAGGAUUCGUAUCCGUUGAAAGUUUCGACCGAUGUUAAUGUUAAAGAGAUUAAGAAGAACCCCGAAAGAAGGAUUUACUCCGAAGUGGAUCGGAAUAGAUAUGGAUAUCAGGACAGACACUAAAAUCUAGUAGAUUCUAAUUCGUAAUGUCUAGCCGUUUUUUUCUAGUUUAAAUUAUUUAUCUGACGCAAUAGUUUUUAUUGUUAGUUAAGGUCAUUUUUACUUAUUUAAAUAAAUAUACAGUAGAAACAAA